AUGCCGUCCUGCGACGAGAAAAUCGAGUUCAACCCCGCCACCGACAUCCCUUCCCUCACAGGCAAAACCAUCCUCGUCACGGGCGCCAAUGCCGGCCUUGGCUACCAGUCUGUCCAUGACCUGGCCAAACACCAGCCUGCACACAUCAUCAUGGCCGCGCGCUCAAUCGCCAAAGCCGAAGAAGCCACUCGCAAACUCCGUGAAACCAUCCCGGGCCUCAACACCCAAUUCACCCCUCUCCCCAUGGAUCUCUCCAGCCUAGCCUCGGUCCACGCCGCUGCCGUCGCCCUCGUCACCUCCUUCCCCGACUUCACGCUCGACAUCCUCAUUUUGAACGCCGGCAUCAUGAUGCACCCACCCAGCGUGACCGCCGACGGCUACGAGCUCCAAAUGGCCACCAACCAUCUCGGCCACGCGCUCCUGACCAAGCUCCUGCUCCCCUCCCUCCUCCGCUCGCCCGACCCCCGCGUCGUCGUCGUCUCCUCCGACCUCCUCUCCUCCGCGCCCAAAGGCGGCAUCAUCUUCCCCGCUCUCAAAACGCCGCAAGCCGAGAUCUCCGACCGCGCGCGCUACGGGCAGUCCAAGCUCGCCAACGCGCUGUAUGCGCGCGCCCUGGCGCGCCACUACCCCAAACUCACCGUCGCGGCCACCCAUCCGGGCGUCUAUGCCACGGGCCUACAGGACAAGAUGGCCGAAGGGAGCAUCGUGAUACGGGGCUUGCGCGCCACGGUGGGGGGCUGGCUCAUGAAGGACCCGAGCGAGGGCACGAGGAACCAGCUGUGGGCGGCGACGGCGAAGCAGGGGGUGGUCAGUGGCGAGUAUUACGUGCCGGUCGGGGAGGUGGGCAAGGCGAAGAUGGUGAGGGAUGAUAAGUUGACGCAGGAGCUGUGGAGGUGGACGGAGGAGCAGUUGAGGGUGUGGGAGACUUAG